AUAAACUCAUGCCUCAAAAUUCAGUAGUCAGACGUUGAAGCGCGUGGAUUUCUUUCUGAUCAUAUCAGAGAGGACCAAUUUCCAUAUCUGUUGUUGUUUGCAUAUAUAUUUUGUGCCUGAACAACUUUCGCAGUUCACAAGCUUAACAGUAGCACACUUCUGUCUGCCAACUUUAACUGGAAGAAACUGUCCGCCAGCGAGGAAGAGAGGAAGAAGCCAGGCAUUCAAAUUUCUUAAUUGUAACUGCCUCCCUCUCUCUUUCUCUCUUUCUCUCUCUCUCUCUCUCUCUCUCUCUCUCUAUAUAUAUAUAUAUAUAUAUAUAAAAUAUAUCAGGAGGCUAGAUCACGCUAGCUAGCAGGUGCAGGGUCUUCAACUCUCUUAAAUUCUCUUCAAAUGAUUUGCUGAAAAUCUCUUUAGCUAUGGAAUCUAAAUCUAUGGCUCUAGCCGCGGAGUUGUAAAACAAAAGACCUUGAUUUGUGAUUGUGUGUGUGAGAGUGUGUGUGUGUAUAUAUAUAGAAGACAAAAAGGAGUGAGAAGGUGAGCUUAUAUAUAAAGACAAGUUUUGGUGAGGGGGGGAAUCGGCUCGGCCUGCUUUGUACUGGAAAUUAAGAGAAUUUUAGGGUAGAGACUAGAAGAGAAGAGAAAAAGUAAUAAUCAAAAGUGAGAAGAAGCUGGCAAAUAAGUGGUGGGAACGAAUAGAUGCGGCGAUGGCGGGUUACAACAACGAACCUCCAGCAGAAACACCAGCUCAUGGCUACGUCCAGCAGCUCUUCGGACCAGAUCACCUUCAAACGCACUCUUCCUCCAUUAAUAUUAUUCCUCCACCCCAACCCUCAUCCGAUUCAAAGCAAGAGCAGUUCCACAAACACCACCACUCAGAAUCAGAUGCUUCCGGGCGCAGACCCAGGGGUCGUCCUCAGGGCUCCAAAAACAAGCCCAAGCCGCCGAUUGUCCUCACACGUGACAGCCCCAACGCCCUCCGGUCGCACGUGCUGGAAGUCUCCUCUGGGGCGGAUGUCAUGGAGAGCGUCUCCAAUUACGCCAGGCGAAGAGGGAGAGGAGUGUGCGUGCUCAGCGGAAACGGCACCGUUCUCAACGUCACCCUGCGGCAGGCUGCGGCAGCUCCCGCUGUGGUAACCCUUCACGGACGCUUCCAGAUACUUUCCCUCUCGGGGACGGUGCUGCCGCCUCCAGCUCCACCGGGUGCGGGCGGCCUCUCCAUAUUCUUGGCUGGGGGUCAGGGCCAAGUGGUUGGAGGAUGUGUGGUGGGGCCCUUGGUGGCCUCCGGUCCGGUGGUUUUGAUGGCGGCUUCGUUUGCCAACGCUGUUUUCGAGCGGUUGCCCCUGCCCAUGGUCGACGAUCAGCAGCAACCCACCGCCUCACAGUCUUCCGGGAUUACAGGAGUCGCCGACGCAAGCAGCACUGCCGCCUUGCCUUUCCCUGCUGCAAACUAUCCCUUUUCCUUCUCUGGUGAUUUUCUCGCCUCAGGCGGUACUGCGGCUAGGCCACCCUUUUAAAUUUUUUUUUCUUUUUUUUUACUAUUAUUUACUUUUGUUAAUUAUCUAUAUAUUUGUGGAUGCUUUAUAUAUAUAUAUAUAUAACAUACAUAUACCAGAAGCAAAAGAUGAAGAAGGAAGUAGAGGGUUUUGCUCAUUAGCUCAGCUUUUCAAUUUAUUAUAUUAGUAUCGAUCUUUGGUAAUUAUAUUAUAUACAUAGAGACAGCAUGUACACACAGAGAGAGAGAGAGAGAGAGAGAGAGAGAGAGAGAGAGAAACUAUGACGCUGAUGACAGAAAAUAUAUAUAUAUGUAUAUAUAUAGAUACUAACUGCAACAACAGGGUAAACUGAUGAAGCCUUGACUGUUGGAAACUCUGAGCUAGCUGUGUUAAAUUAAUGCAGAUGAUCAGUACAGACAUCGCUCUCCUUUCAUUUGAUCAUCGAGGUCAGUAACUUCAAGUAUAAUUAAUUUAACCUUCUUUCCUCUUUUUCAAUUUCUUUUUUCAUUUUUUCUCUCUUGGCAUAACAAAAAUUUUCUCUCUUCUUCUCUUGGCCAUAUAUGUAGUUUUAUAAUUUUCCUAUAGUUAAUUUCUACUUUGUAAUGUGGAAUCUGCAAGCUAGAACUCACAUUUCUAGGUUUUACUAUUUUUUUUUUUUAUCAUAUUCAAAUAUAUAAAUUUUCUUUUCUAAUAUAUUAAAUCAGUUAAUUUCUCAUGCAUAAUAUAUAUAUAUAUAUAUAUACACACACAUUUAGUUUUUUUAAUUCAUACAACAACAACAAUGAUAGAGAUACCAUCUAAUUUAUAAACAUAGGAAAGAUGAUUUGCUUUUGUUUUAUUGACUGAAAAUUCAAUAUAAUUUAAAUAGAAAUAAAUUAACCUUUUAAAGGAUAAAUAUAAUCAAAUAUAAAUAAAAAAUAUAUUAAUACUUCAUUACUUGUAUUCAUGUUGAUAGAAUAAUUGGUAUAUUUAUUAUUAUAAUAAUAAAUCUUUAAUUUCUUUGUGUUUUUCAUUAGGAAAUAGCAAUACUUAGUACUUCCUAUUGCACAUCAUUAAAAGUCUAAUAUAGAGUAGAAAUUAUUUUUCUAACAUGUCAAAAUUGUAUAUAUAAAUUGUAUAUAUAUACACAUUCUUUGUUUAUGUCUCCAAAGAUUACUGUCGGCCCCCUUAGUAUUGCAGACAUCUUUGUUGUAGUUGCUUGUGAGUUUGUGUGCUAGUCCACCGGUUUCCACUGCUGAUAAUUUUCUACAUUAUUACCCAAACAUAGUAUAUAAAUAAAUAGCAAAAGGGCCUGGAAAAGCGCCUGUGUAUUAAUUCUUUUGCUGCAAAUUAAAACCACCCUAGAUGAUCACAACUUCGAGAAAUUAAAGAUGGAAGACGAUGAAUCUCUUUAUCGAUAUCUCCUACCAACUUAGCAUCUGUCUCAUUUCAAAAACAAAAACAGUUUUCUGACUAAACGUUACAGCAGUAGAAACUAACUACGUACUAAAAAAAAACCUUCUCUCUUUCAGUUAUAUAUAUAUAUAUAUAUAUAUAUAUAUACUUUUGGCAUAAUCAAUAUUAUAUAUAGUAGUGCAUGCGUCUGUCAAGAUGUUCCUUUAAGAACCAUAUGUUUAUAUAUUUAUAGAAUAAUUUAUCCUAUAUCACAAGGGAUCUGGCAUGCACUGUCCACAAUUCUUAUAUAAUUUUAAUUUUUACCUAGCUAUUUAAUUUCGCAUGCUUGAGUUCAUAAAUUAAUUAUCUCAUUAAUUAGUUGCACAUGAUCGAGCUAAGUAAUGCACUCGUUGUAGGAGUUGUGGUGAUUGGCCUCAUCAUCAUCAUCAUCAUCAUCAUCAUACAUUUAUAUAUAUAUAUAUAUAUAUAUGUGCAAUUUCCAGCCAUCGAUUGAAGAACAUAUGUCUCCUCAUCUUAAUUAAUUAACAACAUGCUGUGGUCUUUAUUUAAGUAACUAAGUGAGGAAGGUUGGUUCUAAUUAAUUAUAGAAAAACGUACUUGUUUAAUUUGUUCUUUAAUUUCUUGAGUUGCGAAGGAAGUAUGAUCAAAUGCAGCAUUAAUGAUCGAUAUAUAUAGAAGGUCCAUUAUGAUCAAAUGCAGCAUUAAUGAUUGAUAUAUAUAGAAGGUCCAUUCAUAUAAACGAUGCGAAAAACAAUUGUUUUUUUUUAUGUGUCCGCAUUGAAGAAGAAUUUUAGAUUCUGAGCGUUCAUAAUUUUCUUGACUUUAUCUAUUAGGAAAUGUAGGCUAAGCAAAUAUAUAUGAUAUUGCAAGGCCAGAAAAGAAGUUUAAAAUUUUAUA